UGUUGUUGAAAAGCAUAAUAUAAUAACAUGAUGAUAUAAUUCCUCUCCCAGUGUUGGCUUUAUGAUUCAUCGCCUCCCCUUUACACGGCGCCGUUCUUCUCUCUCCUCUUCACAUCGACGGCGGAGACGCGAUUCUCGGAAUCUCGGAAGCGGUUGAUACUUUGAUCCUCUUCCUCAACCCUUCCCUCUUUAAAAGUUUCACGUCACAAUGCGGAGCAUACCUCAUUUCCCAAACACCACACUCUCGCAAACGCGCUUCUGAUUCUUUCUGUUUCAGAUUAAUCAAUCCUCUGAACUCUUCGCGCAACCGAAAUUUCAAAAACAUGUCGUCGCGGCAAGUGGUGAAGCGUGCCAAAUACAAAACCACUGUCAAAGACCCUGGCACCCCCGGCGUCCUCAAAUUGACUCAAGAUAGGUUCGUUUUCAAGCCGAAUGAUCCUACCUCGAAAACCAAGCUCGAUGUGGAGUUCAGAUUUAUUCAGGGUCAUAAAGUCACUAAAGAGGGAUCAAAGCAACCACCAUUGCUUAACCUUAUCCGUGCACAGGGAAGUUGCAUUUUCGAGUUAGAAAGUUUUGCAGAUCUUCAUGUUUGCCGGGAAUUGGUGGGUUUUGCCCUUAACAGGAAUGUGCCUGGAGAAGCUACAAAAGUUAUUUCUGAGGAACAGCUCAGCCCUGCUGAAAUGGCACUCAGGAUAAAGCUAUUGCAGGAAGAUAGCAAGUUGCAGAGGCUUCAUAAGGAACUUGUGGCUAGUGGUAAGCUCACAGAAUCAGAAUUUUGGGCUACAAAGAAGAAAUUGCUGGAUCAAGAUGAAAGCAGAAAGUUAAAACAACGGAUUGGUUUUAAAAAUUCUUUGAUCUUUGACACAAAGCCUAUGAGUGAUGGACGGAUAAACCAGGUUAAAUUUCAGUUGACGCCAGAGAUAAAAUAUCAGAUUUUUGCCCUCAAACCUGCCGUCCACCAGGCAUUCCUCAAUUUUGUACCUAGUAAAAUGAAUGAGGUAGAUUUCUGGAAUAAAUAUUUCAAAGCUGAGUAUCUCCAUAGCACCAAAAAUGCUGUUGCAGCAGCUGCUGAGGCUGCUGAAGAUGAGGAUCUUGCUGUUUUUCUGAAAGAUGAUGAGAUAUUAGAAAUUGAAGCUCGAAAGAAGGUUCGAAGGGUUGAUCCAACUUUAGACAUGGAAGCAGAUCAAGGAGAUGAUUACACACAUCUUCCUGAUCAUGGGAUUUUCCGAGAUGGUAGCAAGGAUAUAUCUGAAGCCCAAAAUUCUUUGUAUAAGAGAACAUUGUUGCAAGAUCUUAAUAGACAAGGGGCAGUUGUUCUUGAAGGAAAAACUUUAGAUAUGGAGAUGGAACACCCAAGAACAGUAGCAGAAAUUCUUGCCCGGAGAAAACAGGAAUGUGAUGGGGUUGUAGAUGAGGAGCGACGAAACAGAAUUUCUAAAAUGACCCCGAUUGAGGAUCUUCAGGCACAAGAUAAUCAUCCAUAUGCACCACUCUGUAUCAAGGAUCCUCGUGACUAUUUUGAUUCCCAACAAGCUAAUGCUGUAAAAACAUUGGAUGAUUCCCAAGCUGGAAUGGAGCAAAUGAAAUGCAGUUUGGGUUCUGAGGAAGCCUAUGACUCUUUGAGGGCAUCAAUAUCUAAAAUCAAAACUACUGGAUUAAGGGAUCCUCUCUUUAGUCCAGAUGUUGCUCUUAAGGUCCUUAACGGAUUGACUAAAAAUAUCACAAGCACCAAAUAUCAUCUUGGGAAAAGUUCUCAAGAGAGUGUCCUUGAUAUUUUACCCAAUUCAACUAAGGAGAAACUACUAGAUACAAGAAGACUGAAAGAUUCCAUAUCACAAAUAUAUUCUAAACUUGAGGACAUAAAGGUAUCUGCUGAGUCAGACCUGCGGCACCAUGUUUCCCUUGUUGUCCAUCCUAUGCAGCAGGCUCUGAAUGCUGCCUUGUUACACUAUGAGGCUGACAUCAGGAAAAGAAAUGCAAGAGGACAGAAGCCUAACGGUUAUGUUUAGUUGGAGAAUGUUUCGCUCUCUGCACUGCGAGCAUCAUACUAUAACAAUUUAGGAAUGUAUAUUCCAUCAAUUUUGCCGUGAACACAAACCCGAAUGGCCAUUUAUAUCGUGAUGAAAAAAAUGAAUUUCCAUGAGAAUUAGUCAGCAACAGUCUUAAUUGAUAGUUAACAUGUAACGUAGAAUUACUUGUUAACACUGUCCCAAGGCAAAGGACACAAGUUUCCAGCUCCUCCUGUCUCCCUCUUCCUCCCUUUAAUAUGUACUUUACUGCUGCUUUACUUUAGAAGCACAUACAACAAAGGAUAAGUGAAUAACGUGGUUUAAUUAACUGCUCUGUGUUUGUUCAAGACGGAAAUAAUUAUACUGCUUUGUGCUUACAGCAAUACAAUUUUGUAUAUUUAUUGUA